AACAGCCCGCUCUUAUUAACUGAAAUAUCUGAAGCCCAACAGCACAGCAACACGUAUUAACACCAGAAAAGUUUUUGUUAAGAUGCCAACCAUAUUGUCAUCUUCAACUGAAAUUAAAAACAUGAACCAGGAGGAUAAAACAGUCAAUCCCCGGAGACUAGACAAGUGGCGGUUUCGUUGUCCAUUGACAGAAAAACUGAACCCUGGUGAGACCCUGCUGUGGUCCCAGUCAUUGGAAAACCUCCUUAGAUCCAAAUAUGGCAUGGCAACAUUCCACACCUUCCUCAAGUCCGAGUUCAGCGAUGAGAACAUUGAAUUCUGGCUGGUUUGUGAAGACUUCAAAAAAAUCAGGUGUUCGUCCAGGCUAUCCUCAAGGGCCAACAAGAUAUUUGAGCAUUUCAUCAAGGCAGAAGCUCCCAAAGAGAUAAACAUCGACCACGUCACGAGAGACCUUAUCAAGCAGAACGUCCAAGCUCCAACUAGAGUGUGUUUCGAUGAGGCUCAGAAGAUUGUCUUUGGUCUUAUGGAGAGGGAUUCCUAUCCCAGGUUCCUUCGCUCGGACAUGUACAGAUCCCUCCUGGAAUCCGUCUCGCAUAGGAUUAAGGUCUGAGAGCAUUGUAAAUGAAGGACUGUAGGACUUCAAACACAUCUUUGGGACUGUUGGUGCAAUGGACAAUCAGGCUUUGUCAAUAUGUAGGCCUGGACUCAGGUUGCACUGAACAUUGCGAUCCACAUAAAAGCUUGAAUAAGCUACUGUUUAUAUACGUAUGUGCCGUGUUACACUGCUCUAUUGUGUCCCACACGGCUGUGGGAUACACAAAGACAAAUGAGCCUUCUGUGAAGCUCACCUGUGAUGAACCACUGGAGAUCUGAAACGUGCUGCAACCACAGGAACGCCAUAUGGACCUUAUUUAACUUUCAUUAUUUUCAAUUCUGGAUAAGUGUCAUAUCUGGUUGGUAUGAGAUGACUUGGGAAUACUAAUGACAUAAUAUGAACAAUUUCAUGUGACAUGACAUGAUUCAUGGACACACAAUGUACAGAGUAAAUGUAAAUCCGACUGUUUUUGUGUGCGCAGUGGGGAACUGAUGGGAUAUUCUCACAAUAAUCUGUAUAACACACCUAACUAUCUCAAAUUGUCUAGAUUUCCUCAGUUGGAUAUUUCUCAAUCAGGCCAACAAAUAUUUUAAAAAAGCCUUGUAAUUCCUGGAUUCAUCACAAUACCACUGAAUUCUUUCUAUUGAAAAAAAAGGUUGGUUGUCCAGGUUGACUGGAUAUCAAUAUUUAAGAGCCAAUAAAUAACCUAAUAAACACGACUGCAAAUAGAAA